GCAAAAAUGGAAAGACCAUUAGCACUUCCAUAUGAUGUUACACCACUCUAUCAUCCACUGGCAAAACUUAACAUGGAUCACACUAUGAUGCCUGUCAUUUCAAUAACUCGGACUCGUCGUUGCUCAGUUAGUUCACCUCUUCGAUUUACGCGUACGUUUUCUGAAGAUUCGUUGGAUUCGUUGGAGAAGAAUGGUCGUAAAGAAUUGAGAAGGCAACGAAUCAUGGAGAACGGUGGAAGCGUUGAAAAAGAAAAGAAUUCUUUGAAUCCUCUUGCUCACACAACGUGUCCACAUUUGGGUCAAAUGGGACGUUCGAGAACUGAAUGUCCUGAAGCGGAAAGCCUUCGUCUACCACUUACGUCCAAACGAUCUGCGGGAGAUCUUUCGUGUCCUCCAUCGCCGACUCGUCGUAAUUUGAAUGAAGUCAUUGGUCUUUCUCCGUACCAGCAAAAACUUCUUGUUCAAUGCUGGCCGAACAUCUACACUACUGGCGCUAGUGGACCAUUUGCAAACAGUCUCUACAGCACAUUAAGUAGCCGAAAUGCAAAAGCAAAGGAGCUUCUUGCAAAGGCUGAUGGAGUUGCAGUAUUCUCAAAGAGUGAUUUUGAUUGUAGUGUUAUGCAUUGCCGAGUUACUGUAGAAAUUCUUGAUACGGUCAUCAAAAACCUGGACAACGAUCAUGCCAGAAUUACGCAAUACCUGACAGAAAUCGGAAAGCAACAUCGCCAUCUGAAAGCGGAAGGUCUCUCGAGUGCAGUUUGGGAUGAUUUGGGUGAUACAAUAAUGGAUUGUGCAAGAAGAAGAUGUGAAGCUGUUCGAAAACACAAAGAGUUAAGAAGAGCAUGGUUGGCUAUUAUUGCAUAUAUCAUGGAUAAUCUGAAACAGGGUCAAUCGAUGACGCGAUCAAGUUCAACGUACGACUUGUCCUACGAUUCAUCCAAAGUGCCUUGUACAAAGAAAAACUCGAGUAACUGAAUGCAAAAUGUAUUUUCUUCCGAAUAAUUUCAUCAGUAUUUUUUCAAUUGUAAUAUUCGUUUUUCGAGUGAUUUUAUUGGGGUGCUACAGUUAGUCCGAAUCCAAAAUUGUUUACUGCUUUUUUUGAUGAGCAGUUUCCGUUUUUCCAAAACUUAUAACAAACUUGUAAAUUAGGAAAAUUCCAGUUUUCCUAAAAAACACGACUUAAAGUUUGAAAGGCAUAAAAAAUAACUUGCGGAUUUCAAGCAAUUCUAAUGUUGGAAGCUCCAGUUUUCAAUGAAUAAUAAAAGUUAUAGAGGCCAAUGUUUAAAGCCAAAUUUUCUGAUAGUGAGUAAUUUUCAAAAUAUUUUUCCCAAAUCAUGAAUUUUUACUUUCUGCUUGUACAUAACAAAACCCUCUUCUCCUUUUUUCUGCACACAUUCUCCGCUUUUCCGCAUAUCUUGCGAUUUCCACCCUGUUAUUUUUCUGUGUUAUUGUAUUUUUUCUCGAACACACCACACAUCUCCACCAAUUAACAUAAUAUAUAUUUUCAGAUUUUUAUUUUAUGAUUUUUUGUCAAAUUUUCUUGUCUUCUAUAUUAAUAAAGAAAUCGACAAUA